UAAGUUAUGCAAAAUAGUGUCUAAAUAAAUGUAAUCAAUUAUCGAUAAAUGUCUCGUUAAGCGACACAUGAAUCGUUCCUUUGACGUCACUGACGCAUGCGCCUUGCUACAAACGGACUGCAGAAUUGUUCGAGUCGUUGCGUGAAGAUAUCGAUUUUUAUGAAUAUAGUGGCGGUGCCUGUAGUGUUAGUGCCAGUUGAAUAGAAAAUCUAGUGGAUGGAAUUUUUAUAUAAGUCCCGUCGUAUUUUAAGUGCGUGAUUUUAUAAAAUACACAAUGACGAAAGAUAGGUUAGCUGCGCUCGUCGCGGCUCAAAGCGAUGAUGAUGAUGUGGGGCCAGAAGAUGUGGCAGUCAAUGUGGAUGGUCGAGACGGAUUCAUGGAAGAGUUCUUCAACGAUGUUGAAGAGAUUCGGGAGAUGAUUGACAAAAUCCAAGCCAAUGUUGAAGAAGUAAAGAAAAAGCACAGUGCAAUCCUUUCCGCUCCACAGUCAGAUGAAAAGGUAAAACAGGAAUUAGAGGAUUUGAUGGCGGAUAUAAAAAAAUCAGCUAACAGAGUCCGAGCAAAACUUAAAGUGAUAGAACAGAAUAUCGAGCAGGAGGAGCAAGGUAAUAAAUCUAAUGCAGAUCUCCGGAUUCGUAAAACACAGCAUUCGACUCUCAGCCGUAAAUUUGUCGAAGUAAUGACCGAAUAUAACCGCACGCAGACGGACUACAGGGAGCGUUGCAAAGGGCGGAUACAACGUCAACUGGAAAUCACUGGAAGAACAACAACGAAUGAGGAAUUAGAAGAAAUGUUAGAACAAGGAAAUCCUGCAGUAUUUACACAAGGGAUCAUUAUGGAAACCCAACAAGCGAAGCAAACAUUAGCCGAUAUUGAAGCUAGGCACGCGGAUAUUAUCAAAUUGGAAAACUCAAUUAGGGAACUUCAUGACAUGUUCAUGGAUAUGGCAAUGUUAGUUGAAAGCCAGGGCGAGAUGAUAGAUCGUAUUGAAUACCACGUGGAGCACGCCGUUGACUACGUUCAGACGGCGACGCAGGACACGAAGAAGGCGCUUAAAUAUCAGUCCAAAGCGCGCCGGAAAAAGAUCUUCAUUAUUAUCUGUCUGGUCGUUACACUCAUAAUAUUAAUCAUUGUCCUGUCGCUCUCAUUCAGAUAAUAGAGCACACAAGUUUAUUGAUAUAUUAUUUGUAUAUUUUAUUAUUUACUGCCCCAAUCAUAUAUAAAUGCCACAGCGAAAUUAUCAUCAGUAAACGCUUUAACGGUCGAUGCAUCGUACCUCUCAACGUCGUUGUGCUUUUAUAUUUUAAUUUACACGAAAACGCAUUUGUCCGAAUAUUUAUACUUUUUCUUUUCAUUUAAAUAUUCGGAUUGACCAAUUCAUGUAACGUAUCAUUGAUAAAUCGACCAAUAUAAAAACGACAAUACAAAAGCGACCAAUUAUUAGUUUUAGUUUUACUUCGGUCUGUCAUGAAUGUGCUCGCAACAAAUAUUUAACCUUUAAAAUUAAUAUAAUAAAUAUAAUAGUGUAUUCAGUGUUUACGCAUAACUAUGCAAAUAUUGUAUUGUGAAAAUUUGAAAGUUCGGAUAUUGUAUCUAAAACAAUUUGGCCGUGUCGUAUAUUAUUGAAAACUUUAUAAAAUGUUACUAUUGCUAUAGGAUUUCAAUAAAGUUAUACGUAAUGUGAUGUUAUCCUGAUCUAAGUAGAGUUGAGGGUUGCAAGUCAAUCGACCCGUAAGUGUAUAUAAGUUGCCAUAUAUUUUUUUCAUAAAUUUUAAUAUACGAUUAAUAGAUGAAAUUUAUAAAGAGAAUGACGCCGUGUUGUCUCAGCUGGUAAUUUUAGCCGUGGCAUUAUUUGAUCGGUGAUAUUGUAAAUUUAAGAUAUUUGUUGUAUAGAUGGAGGGUUAGAACAUUACUUUCAUCACAGAUUUUAUCAUUGUUUUAUUUUGUUAAUAAUAUAUCUAAUUGUUGUUAAUAAUAAUAAAAUUUAGUAAUUCUAAGCAAUA